AUGUACGACCGCGCGCCGCGCUUGCUCAGGUUGGCCGAGGGGGGCAGCACCGAGGCGCAUGUGGGCCCUGGGUCCUACCAGGUGCCUUUCCCCAAGGCGCGGGACGCAGGUGGCUAUGCCCCAUUUCUCUCAUGGAGUGCCAGAGAAAGUUCUUUUACUGUUGCCUCCAACACUGAAAAAGCUCUUCCAGGUCCAGGACACUAUAAUAUUUCAAAAGCACAGAAAAGUUCAAGACCCCCUGCAGUUAACAGAAGUCUCGACAUCCCUUCAAUUCCUUCCUAUAGACAGUCACAUGGCUAUGAAAUUAAUGAUGAUGGCAUUGUCAAGAGGCUCUCUGCACCCUAUAAUGAUAGCACACUAGGUCCUGCCUACUACAAACCUCAAUUUGAUGCACCCAGAGCGUCUCUAAAAUACAAAGGUACACAUUUUGGGACUUCUUCAAGAAGUAGACAGUUUUUACCUAUACAGCCAGGUCCUGGACCUGGACAGUAUGAUAUAGUCCAGGAAAAGACACUCCAUUAUGAAAAUGUUAAUGUGAAGAAAGAUCACCAAGAAAGUUGUGCCUCAUUUCUCCCACGAUUUUUUGACUUAAUACCAUUGCAGGAGAAAAAAAGGAGAUUUAUACCUACCAAAUCAGUCACCCCAGCUCCUGGUGCAUAUAAUGCAAUCCAAACUCCUGUCAAGUGCUCAAAGAAAGCACCAGUGAAACAUAUCCCAUUUGGUCAAGGUGCUGCUCGAUUCAAACAGAUCUGCAAGAAAGAGGAAUUACCAGGUCCAGGAUUUUAUAAUAUCCUACACAACAGUAUAAUUGACAAUAUUAAAAAUAUCUGCUCAAAGAAAAAUAGUAAAUGUGCAUUUGGUUCUUCUACUCCUCGAAGUUUUUUUCAGAUCUCGAAAGAAUCUCCUGGACCUUCACACUACCAGAAAGCUUGGAAUUCAUCGGUCUCUACAACUGCAGAAGAAUUACCUAACUUGAAAAACAACUAUGCUAUUUUCUUGUCAAGAACAAAAAAAAAAAAGUAUACUCUUGAUAUGGUUUUACCAGCCCCUGGAACUUAUGAAGUUCAUAAAUCAUAUGAGAUGUCACAAAUGAAGCGUAAAUACAUGCCACCUCGAAGCAGUAUAGCUGAAAAAAAACAGUCCUCCUUUCUUAGUGGAACUCCUCGAUACCAAGAAAAAACAACGGAGGGACCAGGGCCUGGAGAAUACGAUCCUGUUUUGAAGAAAUCUUGUCCCAUUCCCUUAUUUGUUAACGUACCAAAGCGUUUCCAAGAUGUCAAAGAGGAGUCUCCUGGCCCAACAACAUACGAGGAAAAGUGUAAGCAGUCCCUUCAGAGAAAAGCUAUUUACAAGUCACUGCUCUUAACAAAAGAUUACUUCUCAGGCCAAGAGCAGAGAAUCACAGUCCCUAUCCCACAUGAUGCAGAAAAGCAGCCUGGGCUGUCCACCGUCCUGACUAUAAACCUUUUCAUUAACCUCAGCCAAGGUGCCUUUCAGGAAGAAAGGAUGAUGGAUAGGCUGUGGUCUCAUGAUCACAUUCACUGUCAUGGAGAACAAAAGUCAGGAAAGCGGGAGGUAGCCAAAGACAGAGUGCAGUGGGAUACAGGUGCAUCUUUUCCAGAGAAGAACAAGAUGAAUGUUCCCAUUGUCACCGCUCCCUGCAUUUCCUUAGUCAUUAGUGUGACAGGUCUGUAA